UCCUAGAAAUUAACAAGGUUUUAAGGCUAUAAAUUCACAAUAGGUUCCUCUGCGGAGCCAAGCCUUGCUAAUUGGUGAUAGGCCAUUCACUUCCAUAUUUCUAUAUUCUGGUCAAUUCUCUAAGUCUUAUAUCCAUAUUCCUUGCUUUACUUCCAACAUUUCAAGAAUUUUCAAGCGUCUUUACAAUGAACGAUCGCUUGAUUCAAGCCUCUCAGGUGGGUGAUAUAGAUGCCUUGUAUGAACUAAUUCGGGAGGAGGAGGAUGUUUUGAGGCCGAUUGACGAGAAAAUGUUCGUAGAUUCUCCUCUACACAUAGCAGCUUCUUCUGGGCAAAGUCGUUUUGCGAUGGAGAUGAUUAACUUGAUGCCUUCCUUUACUAAAAAGUUAAACAAGUCAGGGCUUAGCCCCAUGCACCUUGCCCUCUUAAAUGGUUAUUUCGAGUUGGUGUCUUUAUUUGUGCAUGCUGAUCCUGGUCUUGUUCGUGUCAAAGGAAGAGGGGGUUUGACCCCUUUGCAUUAUGCUACCAAGCACGGAAACAUCCAUCUUAUGGUUUACUUUCUUCUAGCUUGCCCGGAGUCUAUUGAAGAUGUGACGGUUCGAGGUGAGACUGUCUUGCACAUUGCUGUUAAAACAAACAUGUUAGAGGCUCUUGAAGUUCUCAUCGGAUGGUUGCAGAGAGUCUGUCACAAAGAUGCCUUAGAUUGGAAAAAAUUCAUUCCGAAUUGGAGGGAUGAGCAAGGAAACGCUGCACUGGAUAUUGCAGUAUCCAAUAUGCAAAUUCAGGCCAUUCAAUUGUUAGCUGAAAUAAAGGCUAAGAACAGUAAAGGUGAAGAUGCUUCACAGAUCUUGCAAGGUCAAACCCAAUUGGAUAGAAGAGAAGUUCUUAAAAUGCUAAGGCGCAGCACUUCAGUUGUAAAAGCUUCAUCAAUUCAAAGUACUGAGAGGCUUACUGCUGUCUUAAGAUCAAAGACACGGUUUCAAGAAAGAUUUGCGAUAUAUAUCGCACGUUGUAGAAUGAGAAUCUCUGACGAUGUAAUUAAUGCUUUGCUCGUGGUCGCUGGGCUGAUACUAGCAGCCACCUACCAAACUAUAUACAAUCCCCCUGGUAGUGUUCAUCAGGACAAUAUUGGUGCCAUCAAAACCAAUGUUACAAAUAGCAGUACUGGUGGAGGACCAUUACGCGAUGUUGAAGCAGGAACAGUCAUCAUGAGUGGAGGCGACUUCACUCUUUUCUCAGUGUGCAACAGUUUAACCCUUUAUCUUGCGUUGAACGUAAUUAGUCUUCUCGUACCAGAUGACUUUUUUGGACGUACACUGAAAUUGCUACUAUCGUGGUUGGCAUUGUGCUAUUAUGUGUCGAUUCUUAUCAUAUCCCCAUCUUCCAGUGUCGCUCCCGUAAUAUGUACUAUAUUGGCUUGGUUAUUAUUUUCUAUUGUUUACAACAUUUUAUCGGUAUACAGUAGGAAAUUCUGUGCUUUUCAAAAAAAGAAACAGAUGGAACUUCAGCAACUGAUCCGGUUCUACGACGCAAAGCUGUGCCCUGAAGAACUUUUAUCAGCUGAAGUUCAGAGACGUGGAGCCGCUGCUGCCCCCGGUGAAGAGACAUGUCCAGAAAUAAAUCCGUCAGCAUGAUGUGGUUGCAUUAAAGAAAACCUGGCUCGCUUUGAUUAUCUCAAAAUAACUGAUAUUCCUCCCUGUCGUUCAUCAUAUAUAUAUAUACUGAGACACUAAUUUUUGGAAGCAAAAUUGAACUUUCACUUGAUAUCUACUAGUCUGACUGGGAGCAACAGUCACAGUAAUAACAAUUUCCAGUUUUUUUUCAGAAUGUGUUUUUUUGGUAGGAUAUUUCAGGAAGUGGUUGCGAAGGACUAUAAUUACUUUGUUACAUCAUAAUAUUUGGAACAAAUGCCAAACAAAUAUCAAGAUCUUGGCGGUGGUCACUGGUCAGAUGAUCUGAAUUCAACAUUUGAAAUGUAAAGUUUACCCCACAAAACUACAAAUCAUUGUUAGA